AUGGCCACAGAAUACGCAGAAUUCGAUCCAGUCCUGGGAGACAUCAUCGAGUAUGUCUAUCAUGGGCAGAUCAAGAAUGAGGAAAUCUACGAAAGGGCUCGAGUUGCCCUACUAGAUGCAAUGGGAUGCGCUAUCGAAACACUUCACCUCAGUUCGGAUUGCGAAGAUCUCAUUGGCCCAAUUGUUCCCGGGAUAAUUGUUCCCGGCGGAGUCCGCAUUCCAGGAACUGAAUACGUUGUUGAUCCUCUGAAAGGCGCAUUCGACAUUGGCGCUCUGAUCAGAUAUCUAGACCAUAAUGACGCUUAUGCUGGUGCAGAAUGGGGCCAUCCGUCGGACAAUCUUGGUGCUAUUCUUAGUGUGGCAGACUGGCUAUCCCAGCAACGUGCCGAAGAACAGCCUAGACCAACCAUGCGUACAGUUCUGGAAGCACAGAUAAAAGCUUACGAGAUACAGGGUGUUCUGCAACAACGCAAUGCGUUCAACGAACAUGGCCUGGAUCAUGUAAUCCUGGUUAAAGUUGCCUCAACUGCGGUAAUUGCAUGGAUGCUGGGUCUUCCAGAGUCAGCAGCUCUUGCGGCCGUGUCCCAUGCAUGGAUCGAUGGCCAUCCACUUAGAACAUAUCGACAGGCACCCAAUGCAGGCCCUCGUAAGGGAUGGGCAGGUGGCGAUGCUUGCAUGCGAGCCGUACAUCUGGCGUUUCUCAGUAAACGUGGCGGUCAUCUCGACCUGAGCACCUCGACCUGGACUGGACGGGCUGCUGUAGGGGUUAAAUCAGCUCUGACUGCGCCCAAAUGGGGAUUCAAUCAAGUUCUGUACGGCGGCAAAGAUGUCAUUCAGGCCUAUCCCUAUGGCACUCGAGUUAUGGAAACCGUGUUAUUCAAGGUCAUUACCGCGGAAGGCCACGGUAUUUCCGCCGUUGAGGCGGCUAUUGAAGUUUCCGCUAUGCUCCAACGUCGAAAAUUAGUCGCUGAACGGGAUAUCAGUGCUAUUCGCAUCCGCACUCAGAGACCCGCAAUGACAAUCAUAGACAAGACUGGUCCCCUGCGAAACAAUGCCGAUCGUGACCACUCAAUACAGUACAUGGUGGCGACCCCCGAGUUGAAGCCCUUCGGAACAGGAUUGCUGUUACUGAGGAUCAGGGAUUCACUGCGGGAUUACUACAACCCCGAGAUUCGGAGUGUUGCCAAUGCUAUCGCAGUGGAGCUGCAGAGCGGAGAAGUUCUUAAAGAGAUUGUUGUUGAGUUCCCUGUCGGCCAUCACAAAAGACCUGAGACCUUGGCCCGAGUGAUGGAGAAGUUUCGUCAGAACAUGGCGCUCAUGUUUGUUCCAGAAGAGGUGGACCAAAUCAUCGGAGCCGCUGGAAAAGAUCAACUACCAGUGGACGAGUUUAUGGGAUUAUUUGUGCGGAAAAGAGUGACUUCUACUUGA